AUGUCAUUUAGAGGUGGUGGUGGUAGUGGUGGUAGAUCAACUCAAAGAACUAUUCUUCCAUUUGGAUUAGAUUAUGCUGAUAUUAUAUCAUCAACUCAAGAGACGGAAAAACCACAAUUAUUAUUACCCAUAAAUGGAGAUAUAACUGAAAUUGAAUCAAUUAUUGCUAAACAAUCAAUGAAUUUCACUAAACUAAUGUCAGAAGGUCCAUUUUUCACGGGGAAUCUAGAUAGUAUUGAAAUCACCAAAAAACGUAAUCAUAAUGAUAGUGAAAAUGAAGAAGAAGAAGAAGAAGGAGGAGGAGAUACAGAGAAUACUGGCGAUAGAAAGAAAAAGAAAUCAAAGACUAAUGGUGAUGGUAGUAGUAGUGGUAGUGGUAGUGGUAGUGCCAGUGGUGAUGGAAUAGAAAGAUAUUCCGAUCGAUAUAAAAAAAUCCAAAAAAUUGGUAGAACAAUUGAUGAACAUCCAUAUCAACCAGAAUAUUUCCCUAGUGAAUUAUAUUCAGUCAUGGGAAUAACUAAUAAACAUGAUAAGAAGAAAUUUUUAUUAUUAUCGAAAUUUAAAUCAAAUGGAGGAUUAAAACAAAUAUUAUCCAAUGAAAAAUUGGAAAAUUUAGAUGAACAAUCAAAAUUAAAUUCAAUGAAAGAAAAAAUGUUAAGUAUGAUUGAUAAUAGUGUGAAUGUCAAUGAUGAUGAUAAUAAUAAUGAUGGGAAAACACGUAGUGGAGAUGAACAAGAAAUUGAUGAAGAUGAUUUGGAUGAUGAAUUUGAAGAUGAAGAUGAUGAUGAUUAUAAUGCUGAGAAAUAUUUCGAUGAUGGUGAUGACGAUGAUGGAGGUGAUGAUGGAGGUGAUGAUGAAGCAGCAUUUUAA